AUGGCGCUGGGCUGCGGGGACGGCAUGCCGCUGGGCACGGGCGUGACGCUAGGCACGGGCGUCGGGUUCGGCGCGGACGGCGCGGGCGACGGCGGCGUCGUGGGCACGGACGUCGGCUCGGCCGUCGGCGGCGCGCUCGGCCGCGUCGUCGGCACGCCUAGAGGGAGAUCGAGUGACGGUUUGUGGUUUCCACGACGGCUCGCACCUGUCGGCACCUCCGUGGGCGACGAGCUCGGGACCAUGGACGGCGGAGACGUCGGCACGGACGUCGGCGCCGGCGACGGCACUCCGGACGGGACGGGCGUGCCGGACGGCGACGGCGUCGGGCAGGACGUCGGCGGCGUCGUCGGCACGCUCGUGGGCGGCCU